AUGGAACAAUGGCUUGGCGCAGUGCAGGAUCUGCUGCCCGCUCCUUCGUUUCUGCUACCGCUAGAGCUCCGUCUCUCCGAUCUCCGCCGGCAACAGCGCUUCCGCGCCUCCGUCCUUCACAGUCCUCUUUGCCCCGCCGCCGAUUUGCCUCUUUCACAAAUCCCAGGAAUUUGGGAGAGCUUGGAUGCAUACAGUCUUUAUUGCCUCUGCACAAUGUCGUGGCUUCAGCUCGACUCACGUCUCACCUUAAUGUUAACGUGCGAGCUUUCUGCGAACUCUCUAACGGAAAUGGAAAAGAUGGGUGAUGGAAGUGGAUUUUCAGUCGCUGUCAAGAGAGGUGCUACUGCUUUUGUAGGAACUUAA